AUGAUGGGUGCAGGGCUGGAAAAUUUGGGUAACACAUGUUUUAUCAAUGCCGUGUUGCAAUGUUUUACUCACACUGUUCCAUUUGUUUUGGGUCUUCGAUCUUUGAAUCAUGAGAAGCCUUGUGCUCGUAGUGUUGAGAGUUUUUGUUUACUUUGCGCUCUUCACGAUCACAUUGAGCUUUCGUUGAAUUCAUCAGGAGGAAUCGUGUCGCCUUCCAAAAUUUUUGACAAUUUGAACUAUAUCUCAUCUUUUCUUUAUAGAUAUGAACAGGAAGAUGCUCAUGAAUUCCUGCAAUGCUUGUUAGAUAGGCUUGGUAGCUGUUGCUCAGACUCAAAGCCCAAGAACAAUUGUUUGUCCUCUACAGAUGACUGCCUAGUUAAGAAGGUUUUUGGUGGUCGUCUUGUUAGCCAGCUAUGUUGUUGCAACUGUGGUUACAUUUCCUACUCUUAUGAGCCUUUGAAUGACCUGAGUUUGGAGAUUGAAAAUGUGGACACCCUUCCAAGUGCUUUAGAGUCUUUCACCAAGGUGGAAAAAAUUGAGGAUCAGGGGGCAAAGUUUAGAUGUGAGAAUUGUAAAGAAGAGGUGGCAGUGGAAAAACGGCUUAUGCUGGACCAGGCCCCUUCAGUUGCAACAUUCCACUUGAAGAGAUUUAAGACUGAAAGUGGAUACGUUGAGAAGAUUGACAAGCAUGUGUUCUUCCCACUGGAGUUGGAUUUGCAGCCUUACACUAUUUUCAAUCAGAGUAGUAAUGAGGAACUGAAGUAUCAACUAUAUGCAGUUGUGAAGCACUCUGGAUUUACACCUACUUCUGGACAUUAUGUUUGCUACAUUCGGUCCUCUCCAGCUAUGUGGCAUAAGUUGAAUGAUUCAAGGGUUACUAGAGUUGAAGAAGAAGCUGUGCUUUCUCAGGAAGCCUACAUUUUGUUCUAUGCUAGGCAGGGUAUACCGUGGUUUUCAACUGCAAUAGAAGUACAAAAGCCUUGUGCAGAACCCAGUAUACCUGAUUCUUCACCAAAGUCUGUUCUAGAUAACAUGGAAAUGGAAUGUCCCUCUGAUCCCCAUGUGAAAAGUAGAGCUAAUUGUGGUGCCAAUGAAUCUAAGGAUGUUCCUGGUAGAAUGUCAACUCAGUUCUCUAGGGAAACACAAAAUGAAGUUAAGGUUGAUGAUCUACAUGUUGCUGUUGAGGGGAUUUCUGGAUCACCUCCUAAUGAAUCAGAAUUUCAUGUACCAAAGUCCAUUGAUUUCAUAGAUGAUAAUCCUAUGACCGGUGCUUCUAUACCACCAGGGCCAAGUAGUUGUUCUGAUGGAUUUGAUAAAAAUAUAUCUAAUGUGUCUCAUCAUGGGGAAGACAACGGCAAUCAGAGUGUUGAUGAAGUUGCAAAUAAUAAUACUUUCCCUUUGAUGCCAUCCAGACCUCAAUGCCUAGAUAAGUGUCAGAGGGACUCUUCAGAAUGUGUUCCGCGUGGUCAUUUUAAAGACGAGAAUCGUGGCAUUCAUCGAAGAGCAGUCAACAGGACUGCUGUGGAUCAAGGAAGAACUGAAGCAAUGAGAUAUGCCAAAAGGAUGCCUACUGCACGAGGUGCAAAAUUUAUGGCUCUGCUGGCUCCACAAACUGUAGGUAAAAUGAAGAAAAGAGCAGGAUCAUCUCCUUGCAAAAGGGUCAGCCCUCGCCGUAGAAACAACCAUAGUCUUAUGCACCCUGUUUCUGUCUCACGCUGAACUGUUUCUGACCAUGUUUGCUUAACCUAAUUGGUCGCUUCUUGACCAUCAGAGAGCUAAUACAUUUUAUGCACAAUAUUAUUAAGGAGAGAAAAGGAUUGAUCUUCUGCUGGUUUUCUUUGCAUGUCAGAGAAAAUGUAAAGUUUAGGGUUUUGUUUGGGAAGUAAAUAUCUUAUGGCAUUUUGUUUAUAUAGUUAAUU